AUGGAUUAUUCAAAUCCGCCGCCAGGAAACAGCGGCAGGGAAGAAGACGGCGGCCAUUAUGGCAGCGAGUUCGAAGAAGCCGGAGAUGACACGUCGCUGUUAAAUCGUUCAACGCGUGUAAUCGGGAAAGAGGGUAUAUUUUUCAUCUUCGAUAUCGAUCUCGCCGAUUCCAAAGCGUUAUAUGGGAAAUUUUCUCGGAGUUCGCGACCACGUCAUGAACCACGUCUUGCACCACGUCUAAGACCAUGUUUUGAACCACGUCUUAGACCAUGUUAUGGACCACUUCUUGGUCUACGUCUUAAACCAUGUCAUGGACUACGUCAUGAACCUCGUCUUGGACCAUGUCUUAGACCAUGUUUUGAACUACGUCUUAGACCAUGUUUUGAACCACGUCUUAGACCAUGUUAUGGACCACUUCUUGGACUACGUUUUAAACCAUGUCAUGGACCAUGUCCUAGAUCACAUCGUGGACCACGUCAUGGACUACGUCAUCAAUCACGUCUUGGACCACGUCUUAAACCAUGUUUUGAACCACGUCUUAGACCAUGUUAUGGACCACUUCUUGGUCUAAGUCUUAAAUCAUGUCAUGGACCAUGUCCUAGACCACAUCGUGGACCACGUCAUGGACUACGUCAUGAACCUCGUCUUGGAUCACGUCAUGGGCCAUGUCUUAGACCAUGUUUUGAACCACGUCUUAGACCAUGUUAUGGACCACUUCUUGGUCUAAGUCUUAAAUCAUGUCAUGGACCAUGUCCUAGACCACAUCGUGGACCACGUCAUGGACUACGUCAUGAACCUCGUCUUGGAUCACGUCAUGGACCAUGUCUUAGACCAUGUUUUGAACUAUGUCUUAGACCAUGUUUUGAACCACGUCUUAGACCAUGUUAUGGACCACUUCUUGGUCUACGUUUUAAACCAUGUGACGGACCAUGUCCUAGAUCACAUCGUGGACCACGUCAUGGACUACGUCCUCAAUCACGUCUUGGACCACUUCUUGAUCUAAGUCGUAAAUCAUGUCAUGGACCAUGUCCUAGACCACAUUGUGGACCACGUCGUGGAUCCCGUCUUAGACCACGUCAUGGACCACAUCUUAGACCACGUCAUGGAUCACGCCUUGGACCACGUCUUAAACCACGUCAUGGAUCACGCCUUGGACCACGUCUUAGUCCACGUCUUAAAGCACGUCUUAAACCAUGUUAUAGACCACGUCUUAGAUCACGUCGUGAACCACGUCAUGAACUAUGUCUUAGACCACGUUUUGGACUACGUCUUGAACCACACCAUGGACCACGUUUUGGAACACAUUAUGGAUCACGUCUUGGACCACGUCUCGAUUAUCAGACACUUGACUAA